ACAAGGUUUUUUUUUUUCCCCGCUAACGACCCGACCGACAUCGAAGACGCAAUUAUUGCUGAGCUGUGGUUAAUCGACAACAAUGCAAAUUUUCGUUAAGACCCUCACGGGUAAAACUAUCACCCUUGAGGUUGAGUCUUCGGACACCAUCGACAAUGUCAAGAGCAAGAUCCAGGAUAAGGAAGGAAUUCCCCCAGAUCAACAGCGUUUGAUCUUCGCUGGGAAGCAGCUUGAGGACGGUCGCACCCUUUCGGACUACAACAUCCAGAAGGAGAGCACCCUUCAUCUCGUCCUCCGCCUUCGUGGUGGUGGUAAGAAGCGCAAGAAGAAGGUUUACACCACCCCAAAGAAGAUCAAGCACAAGCGCAAGAAGACCAAACUCGCUGUCCUUAAGUACUACAAGGUUGAUGGUGACGGCAAAAUCGAGCGUCUGAGACGCGAAUGCCCAACUGAAGGGUGCGGUGCCGGUGUCUUUAUGGCUGUUAUGACCAACCGCCAAUACUGUGGCAAAUGCCAUCUCACCUAUGUCUUCGACGAUGCUUAGGUUAUGUCUUCAGGGUAGGGAGGAAGCAAUCGCGGUGCAUAUGUAAUACCAUCUUGUUGUGGUUGAACGAAAAUAAAUAAAUCAAGGCCUUUUCCUAGCCCA